CAGUUGUUGGUUAAUUGUACUGCCGGACAGUUAGAAGAUUUGAAAAAAGUGAAAUUUUCUAAAUAUUUUUUCAAUAAAAGCCGUUUCAGAUUGAAAAUCGAAGAAGCUCGAAGAACAACAAGAAUUAUGGCUCAUGAAACAAAACAGGCGUCUGGCAAAGAAAAACAUCAUGGUCAUGGCGAAGAUGAGAUUGCGGUGGCCGAUGAUGAUGAAAUCGAAGAAAUUGAUAUAGCACAACAGAAAACAUUCAGCGAUCGUAUUACACAAGCAAUGGAAAAGUUUGCAAGCAAUCGUAUGGGUCAAUGGAUGAUUGAGAGAACUGAUCGUGUGCUGAAAGUGUUGGAGGAUACGGCAAAAUGGAGUUUGCCACAAGAUGACACUGAAUUACAACUCGAACGUCCAUUGCCAUGGAUUUUCUUUCUAACCCUGAUUGUUUGGUUGCGUGUCUUUCGUAUUUGGCUGUCCGUAGGAUCUUAUAUUGUGGGAUCACAGCCGGUAACACCGCACACCAUGGUCUACUACAUGCAGACCAAACGUCGCCGUUUAAGAGCCAUACGCGUUCAAGGCCUUAAAUCGAUAAGAUAUCGUGAGAUAGAAACCACAGUCAUGCAUAGUUCGAGCAAUAAUGUAACGUUCAUGGGAAAAUUGCGUAAACUUUUCAGCAGUGCCAUUUGUAAACCGGGUCAACAUCGUGAAGUACCAGCUCGUCGUGUAUUUGUUCAGGAUGGCAAGGGAGCAAAGGAUUCGUCUGAACGCUCUACUAAGAGACCAAGGGAUGAUGAUGCUGCCGACCUAAAUCUGACUGUCGAUGAAAUGUUGGAAAAGUAUGCUAAUGAAGAUUCGGAUAAUGAUUCCGACUAUGUACCCAAAGAAGAUGAGGAUGACGACGAUAGUAGUACCACUUCUAUUAGUUCCUGUACGAGUGAUGAAGAGACUGAAAGGAAAAAUCAAGAGAAAUCCUCAGAAACUCAAAAGGACUCCACUACAUCUCAAAACGAUGAAAAACCAAUGGCACCAAAAAAAGAUGAAACCAAAGAAAAUGGUGGGGUAAAAAAUCGUCAAAACCCUAAAGACCUGGACGACAACAAAACUGAGUCUCACUCGCCGGCAGAUAGUGAUGACGAAGAAAUGCACACGCCCAAAGAAACCGCCAACACAAAUGGAUCAUCCGAGGAGAGAGACACCACAGAAACAUCAGCAGCGACAACAGAAGUCGCACCAACACAAACCUCACUGAAUACUCCAAAAACUACACAGACUCAUUUGACGGCACCACAAAUGCAGGAGAACAAACAAAAGUCCACACCAGGCCAUGAAUCGGCGGCAUCUUUAAAGCCUUCUCUACCCAUUGCAUCUAAAGCAGUACCUUUUAAUCCACCUCGAGUAAGAGUCGAGGAUAAAUCUUAUAGAACCAUAACCACACAAACUGCCAUAGAAUUAGAUUGGACUAUAACAAUUAAAACCGAAAUUACCCAUACGAAACACUAUCCGAAAUUGGAAAAAUUGGAUUGUUCGGUGACUUUGACACCGGCCUCAUCUACGGAAGAUAUCUUCUAUAGUCCCAUUGGCUCCCCCCAAGAUUUCCAUUCCAUAUUCCAUCCCGCUCCCAUUGUAAAAGAUGCCAAUCAUGCAGCCCAAACUUCCACGCCCAAAGAAGCUGAUCAACACGUAAGCCCUAGCAGUGAGACUCAUGACACCUUGGGCGCAGGCAAUCAGAAGAAACAAUUAAAUCAUACAGCUCAAAAUAAACAGAAUAAUCAUCAUAAUCAUGCUAAGAAUCGUAAUAAAAAUCGUCGUUGAUAUUUAUAAUUUUUUAAGAGAAUUUAUUUAUUCUUUUCUCUUAAUUAUUAAUUUUUUUAAUACUAUUUUUUUUAUUAUUUAGUUUUAGAAUAAAAUCGAGAUAUUUUUGAAUUGUGAAUUUUUUUUAAAGAAAAGUAAAUACAAAUAAUAAUAAAAUGAAUAAAAGUUAUGUAAGUAAUUGGAUUUUAA